UGCACGGAGUGUUCAAGUUCACAUGUGGAUGAGGUGGACUGGCGGCCAUGUUUGUCUGAAGACGUGGACUUCUCUUGAGUUGCUGUUCCUGCAUUUUGUAUUUUUGGUCCCAAAAGUCCGAAUCCAAUCUGAUUUGACCAUUUUGUGUUGUUUGAUGCAGAUGAUGAAGAUGGACACCAUCAGUAGGCCCAUCCCCCUGCAGAUCCCCAACCUGUCUUCCCAGCACCUCCCUCUCUCCCAGCCUCAGACUCCGCCCUCCCGGGGCAGCUACAGCGACGGGAUGGUUCCCCCUGAGGAGUACUCCUCGCCGCCGGGGGUGAGCAUGGCCCAUCAGGCGGCCGCCUACGUCAAGUACAGCACGCUAGCUCGCUUGCAGAACCAGAACCAGAUUCAGUCCAGAGCGCAGCCGCCUGGUGCCGCCCCACCUCCCAACUACAACACUCUGCCCGCCGCUUACAGCACGCCGCCCCCGCCUUCUCCACCUUCAGAGCCGGUUCAAGGCGCCGCCACGACCGUGCUGACGUUGGGUCUGCAGAGUCCAUCAUCUCUUCCUCCCCUGCCGCUGGAAGAUGAAUCCAUGUACCUCCCGCCGCCGCCACCCGAGAUCCUGGAAGCCAACGGGUUUCUCCCACCACCAGAGUCACUCACUCAACUGUCCAACGCCGGCCUCAAGCACUUCCUGGCACAGAAGUUCCCAAACAUGGUGUACGACUUCCCUUCGCCUGGGGAGUCCAUGCCUCUUCAAGCACCCACCCCGCUCUCCACCCCUGCGUCCCCCAAUGCACCCCCUUCAGCACCGCCCAAAACCUUCAGUGGUGGUUUUCCACCUCAGACCGCCCCUAAACCCCCAGGUCCUUCCUCCCUCCCAAUUGCACAGUCACCAGUGUCCCCCACGCCCCCCCACGGCCCUGUAAAGAAGCAGCAAAGUUUCUCCACAGGCCACUCCCCCAAUCAGCCACCACCCACCCUCCCCAAGCAGCACAGUCUCUCCUCCAAGAGCCUCGCCCUGUCCCCCUCCUCCUCCUUCAUCUCCAUGGCUACCUCAUCUCUGGUCAAACAGAUCGUCAACCAGUUCCCGGGAAACGUUGCCGCUCCCCCCUCGCUUCCUUCCUCCAACUCCAUUGAGGGCUCAAAGUUCAACACCCCCCAGUCCCCCCCAGCAGUCAAGGCCAAACCAAAAUGGCAGCCGGGGGGCGUUGUCGCCGCGCAGUCGCCAGAAUUCCCCCCACCCCCUCCCGACAAUUCCCUCGCGGAGUUCCCCCCUCCGCCUUCCUCCAAGACAGGCUCCCCCAUCAAGAAGUCCCCUUCCACCUCCUCCAGCAAGCGGGGCCCCCCCGCCGCCCCGCAGAGAGCCUCCUCCAUUCGCUGCAACUCGGGCGAGGCAGCGGACGACAGGCCCAAGAAGGUGGAGAGUCUGGUCAAUAAGUUUGGACAAGCUCCUCAAACGUCCACAUCCUCCAGCUCCUCGUCAGCGACCGGCUCGCCCUCCAAGGAGUUCUCGGCGUUUCCGACGCCGGCCCCCAAGCCGGGGAAGCUGAAUCUGGCCAACCUGCCUUUGGCGCUCCAGGGGCUGCAAGCGGCUCAGCACCAUCAGGCGUCCUCGGACUUCCCGUCUCCGCCGCAACACCUGGAGUCGUCCCCGGACUACUUCCCGCCCCCGCCCAGUGACUUUGAGCUCUUCCCCCCUCCGCCCCACCCGUCCGAGUUUCACCAGCCGCCCAGGGUGGCCGUGGUCAACCCCCAGCCUCAAAUGCAGCCUGCCGCGCCUUUGUCAUCUUCAUCGUGGAAGCAAACCUCCCUCAAAAAGGGGGCGGUCCCUCCGCCCACACUAAAUCGUCGCACUAGCAACACAGCCCCGUACGACGCUUCACUGCCACUGUCGCCGCCCCUAUCUCAGACCCCGCCCCCCUCCUUGUCUUCCUACUCCUCCUCCACCCCGGUGCCUCCCACGUCCCCCAAAUCCACGGGGCCGAGCACGCUGGCACUUAAGACUCAUUUCCUGGAAGACCUGAACCGCACCCUCAAGAGGAAGUCGGUUUCCCGCCACGGCUCGCUCACGUCCUCCCAACUCGUCCCUUCGUCCAAGAUGGAGCCCGUGGCCACCAUGGACGACAUGGCGCUGCUGCCGCCCCCUCCGCCGGAGCUCCUGCAUCAGCAGCAGGACGCCCGCCGCCACACGCAAACGCUGUCCCGUCACCACGCCCGCUCCCAGUCCGCCAAACUUAGCUCCAACAUUUCCGGCUAUGCAACGCUGCGGCGAGGACCGCCACCUGCGCCGCCCAAACGGGACCAAAGCACUAAACUGACCAGCGAGUGGUAGAGGAGGACAAAGUGACUUGAUUGGUUCAAUGGAACAUGAAAAGAAGGCGGGUCACUUCUGACAAAACAGGAAACAAAUUAUACACGUCAUUACUCUUCAUAUUACACGCAUAUGUUGACAUUACAUACCGAAAGUGAAAGUGAAACCAUGAAGGACGCGGGAGUGUUUCUAGAAUGAACGAGCCUUCAUUUCAAGCCUUUUCUGUGUUUUUAUAGAAGAUUAUUUAAUUGUUUCAGGUUGAAAGGAGAUUUGCUGUCCAAGUGUUAUUCAUCUUGCUUAAACUUUACAAAAUCACUACGUUUUGUACGUUCAUCAUUUCUUGAUUGAGUGGAAGCCAAGCGGGCGGCCAUCUUGCUUGGCUCACAGUAGCAGGGGAGGAGCUAUGCAAAGUAGGGGGCGCGCCAAAGAACACCACAUCACUGUGCUCUUCGCCAAAAGUCAAUCCCAUCUAUCAAUAACUGAUCAAUCACUAUGUUACUCUAAUAAACCGAUCACAUUGUUGUGGAAUACUUUUUUUUCCUCACAUUUAAAAAAUGUUUGGGUUUUGGAUGCAAAGAAAAAAGACAAAAUGCUAAAAUUAAAAACUUCCAACUAAUAGGGAGCCUUAAUGAACUGCCAGGUGCCCUUCAUAGAGUGCACACCUUAGAUAGGGAUUUUAAUCUUGCACCAUGGACACCAUACUGCACCAGCCAUCUUGCACUAUGGACCCAUGUUGCAUCAUAGGAAUCGUGUU